UUUCUUCUUUUACACAUGGACAUGGGGCUGGGCUUUACAGGAGGUUCUACAUGGUCACCAGAGCUUAGCAGUUAUGAUCAACAUCUUACUGUGGAACUGGGAGACAGAUAUGAGAUACGCAGCAUUGCUACACGAGGUCGUGCUCAUACUAAUGAAUAUAUAACAGAGUAUAUUGUCCAAUAUUCUGAUGAUGGACAAGCCUGGGCCAGUUAUGAAAGUCAAGAUGGUGUAGAUGAGAUGUUUAAAGGUAAUAUAGAUGGUGAUACUAUAAAACUUAACAAAUUUGAAGUACCAAUUAUUGCACAAUGGAUUAGAAUAAAUCCUACUCGAUGGCGGGAUAGAAUAUCAUUAAGAUUAGAAUUAUAUGGGUGCGACUAUGUAUCAGACAUCCUUUCCUUCAAUGGUUCAUCCCUGUUACGAUAUGAUUUAUUAAGGGAACCAAUAGAAACUGACAGACAUUUUAUACGUUUUCGAUUUAAAACAAAUAAUGCGGAUGGUAUUUUAAUGUAUUCUCGUGGGACACAGGGAGAUUAUGUAGCUUUACAAUUAAAAGAUAAUAGAAUGAUAUUAAAUAUAGAUCUGGGAUCUGGUAUUAUGACAAGUCUAUCUGUUGGAAGUCUUCUUGAUGAUAAUAUGUGGCAUGAUGUUUUGAUAUCACGUAAUAGGAAAAAUAUUUCAUUCUCUGUAGAUAGAGUAUUAAUUAAAGGAAGAAUAAAAGGAGAGUUUCAUAGACUGGAUUUAAAUAGAGCACUUUAUAUAGGUGGUGUACCUAAUAAACAGGAUGGAUUAGUAGUUAAUCAAAAUUUUACUGGAUGUAUAGAAAAUUUUUAUCUUAAUGCAACUAGUAUUAUUCAUGAUUUAAAGGAAACAGAAAUUACUGGUGAAAAUCUUAGAUAUUAUAAAGUGAAUACACUUUAUAACUGUCCUGAACCUCCCAUAAUACCUGUUACAUUUUUAACUCAUGGUUCAUAUGCUAGACUUAAAGGAUACGAAGGAGUAUCUUCUUUGAAUGUUUCUCUUACUUUUCGAACAUACGAAGAUAAGGGUAUUAUUUUAUAUCAUCAAUUUACUUCUCCGGGUCACGUGAAGCUAUUUUUAGAAGAUGGUAAAUUGAAAAUUGAUAUUCAAACGAAAGGAAACCCUCAAGUAAUUUUAGACAAUUUUGAUGAAAAAUUUAAUGAUGGCAAAUGGCAUCAAGUUAUUCUAACAAUUUCGAAAAACAAUCUUAUCCUAAAUGUUGAUGGAACACCCAUGCGAACCAGACGUAUAUUAGAUAUGGUUACGGGUCCUAUUUAUAUGAUUGGUGGUAUGAUAGGAAUAGAAAGCAACCGCGGUUUCGUUGGUUGCAUGCGUAUGAUUAGUAUCGAUGGUAAUUACAAAUUACCAACUGAUUGGAAAGAAGAGGAAUACUGUUGCAAGAACGAAAUUGUUUUCGAUGCUUGUCAGAUGAUGGACCGUUGCAAUCCGAAUCCGUGCAAACAUUUUGGCGUAUGUCGACAAAAUUCUGAUGAAUUCUUCUGUGAUUGUGCCAAUACAGGAUAUACAGGAGCAGUUUGUCAUACUUCUUUAAAUCCCCUUUCAUGCGAGGCAUAUAAAAAUAUAAACUCAGUUAAUCAACGAGCAGAUAUUAAAAUAGAUGUGGAUGGAAGCGGUCCUUUGAAACCUUUUCCAGUUGUUUGUGAAUUUUAUACAGAUGGACGUGUAAGAACGAUUUUGCGACAUAAUAAUGAACGCAUGACACCUGUGAAUGGAUUUCAAGAACCAGGUAGUUUCGUUCAAGAUAUUAUUUACGAUGCGGACAUGGAUCAAAUUGAAGCUCUUUUAAAUCGAUCUACUAAUUGUAGGCAGAGAAUUAGUUAUGAAUGUGUACAUUCUAAGUUGUUUAAUUCACCAGUAUCACAAGGAGAUUAUUUCAGACCAAAUUCAUGGUGGGUCAGUAGAAAUAAUCAAAAAAUGGAUUAUUGGGGAGGAGCUUUGCCAGGUUCGCGUAAAUGCGAAUGUGGUAUACUCGGAAAUUGUGCAGAUCCUACUAAAUGGUGUAAUUGUGACUCUGAUUUGGAUGGUUUAUUUGAAGAUAGCGGAGAUAUUACAGAGAAGGAAUAUCUUCCAGUUAAACAAUUGCGAUUUGGUGAUACUGGUACACCAGUUGAUGAUAAAGAAGGACGUUAUACACUUGGACCACUUAUUUGUGAAGGAGAUGAUUUGUUCAAAAAUGUAGUAACAUUCCGCAUUGUUGAUGCUACCAUAAAUUUACCAACUUUCGAUAUUGGUCAUAGCGGUGAUUAUUUCGAAUUUAAAACGACCAUUGAAAAUGCUGUUAUAAUUCAUAGCAAGGGACCCACAGAUUACAUAAAAAUCUCUAUAAAUAGUGGAAAUCAGAUUCAGUUCCAGUAUCUAGCGGGUAGUGGUCCACUUACUGUCAGUGUACAAACCUCAUAUAGAUUAGCUGAUAAUCGAUGGCAUUCUGUAUCGGUCGAAAGAAAUCGUAAAGAGGCUAGAAUUGUAGUGGAUGGAGCAUUAAAAAAUGAAGUAAGAGAACCUCCGGGACCAGUACGAGCGCUUCAUCUUACAUCAGAAUUUGUAGUUGGUGCCACGACAGAUUAUAGAGAUGGUUACGUAGGAUGUAUUAGAGCGCUUCUUUUGAAUGGACAGUUGCAAGAUUUAAGAAGUUAUACCCAUCAAAAUUUAUAUGGAAUUUCUGAAGGUUGCACAGGUAAAUGUGAGAGUAACCCUUGUCUUAACAAUGGCACAUGUCAUGAAAGAUAUGAUGGAUAUUCUUGCGAUUGUCGAUGGACUGCAUUUAAAGGUCCAAUAUGUGCAGAUGAAAUUGGUGUUAAUAUGCGUCCAAGUUCGAUAAUAAAGUAUGAUUUUAUGGGUAGCUGGCGAUCUACAAUUUCUGAAAAAAUCCGAGUUGGUUUUACAACGACGAAUCCUAAAGGUUUUCUACUUGGUCUUUUUUCAAAUAUUUCUGGAGAAUAUAUGACAAUUAUGGUUUCGAACAGUGGUCAUUUACGCGUAGUUUUCGAUUUUGGUUUCGAACGGCAAGAAGUAAUUUUUCCUAAUAAGCAUUUCGGUUUGGGACAGUAUCAUGAUGUUAGAGUGGGCAGAAAAAAUUCAGGAGCGAUACUUGUAUUACAAGUCGAUAAUUACGAACCAAAAGAGUUUUCUUUUAACAUUAAAACUUCAGCUGACGCACAAUUUAAUAAUAUUCAAUAUAUGUAUAUUGGAAGAAACGAAUCCAUGACUGAAGGUUUUGCUGGUUGCAUAUCUAGAGUAGAAUUUGACGAUAUUUACCCAUUAAAGUUAUUAUUCCAAGAAGAUGGACCUGGAAAUGUUCGCUCUUUUGGCACUCCUCUUACAGAAGAUUUCUGUGGUGUGGAACCGAUUACACAUCCACCUGAUAUUAUAGAAACUCGUCCACCACCUCAAGUAGAUGAAGAAAAAGUUCGAGCUGCUUACAACGAAACAGACACCGCAAUUUUAGGAAGUGUAUUAGCUGUCAUUAUUAUAGCUUUAAUUAUAAUGGCUGUACUUAUAGGAAGAUACAUGUCGAGACAUAAAGGUGAAUAUUUAACGCAAGAAGAUAAGGGUGCUGAAAUAGCAUUGGACCCAGAUUCAGCAGUAGUUCAUUCUGCCACUGGACAUCAAGUUCAAAAAAAGAAGAAUGGUUUAUUUAAAUAUAAAGUUGAAUUGUGCUAGAAUACAUAGUAAAUUAUGCUUAUAAGUGCACUUUGAAGUGUCAUAAGGAAAGAUUUUAUAGAAAGAAUAAAAAGAAACAUCUCUCUACUGUUUCGAUUUAA